UGAAAGCGUUCAGUUUUCGGACAAGGACCUCUCGGCGCCGCGGAUAACUGUGAGAUUCUACAGGGGAACUGUUCCUAGUGCAGUGAGAAAAGGUGAAAAACCACCUCCCCCAACUUUGUGUAUUUACAUGACCACCUACUGUUCCUUUUUGAAGUGCGAGCUCUGAAUUUUCUCUCGUUUUUGGAGGCUGUUCGCAUCCGUGUUUCAUGCCUUCCCGUCGCGAUCUGGUUCUGAUGUAGUUGGUCCGUUCGUUAGAUCCGAGAUCUCAUUUAGGAGGAUUUUCCACCUACUAACUGGUGUGCAGGAAAGCAGAUACGUUAGGGGCGACCCGGAAAAUUCUAAAAAACAGGCGGAAAGUGUACAAACAUUCACUACUGUGGGUGGUAUGCGAAGGAUGCUGAUUCCUGAGCAUUUGUCCGUAUUUAGCGGAUUUAGAUCUGUGUCAAAGGAAUAGAGGGUGGUGUGGUGCCAUCCAAAGGGCUUUCUCGUAUUACGCGCCCUUUGCCGCGAAUCGUGUCGCUUAAUAAAAUCCGUUCCGUUGUUUGAUAUUCGCUAGGCUGCGUGGUGUUGAGGUGUCCCAGAUUCAUCAGUGAAGUGUUCGGAGCUAACACGGUUCAGAUGCAUGAAUGUGUAAUUUUGUUCUUCUUGUGAAAAAUAGCAGGAAAAAGCUGAAGAAGUCCAAAUAAACGUGACGUAAAAGGUGGCAAGCAACAGUACACACAGAACGUGGGUUUUUCUCAUACAACAAGCAACAGUUUGUUUGCUCAGUUCGUGAUAGUCGUCCCCGAUAGCGGAUUUACCCUACGUUGGAGCAGCAAUAGCAGUAGCGUCUGGAGCACUAAUUAGUGAAUUUAUUACGAUUAUCCUAGACAACCACGCGAUUACCAUGAAGUGAGAUUACCACGAACGGAGCUGGGUUCAACCCAGUGCCAAAAGGGAGCGGAGGAGACGAGCUAGGAUAAACGUACGACGACGACAGGAUAGGUGAACUUUAGCCAUCUAAUGGCGGUUCCGGUGGAGGAGGGCGUCCUGAGCGCCCUGCGGGGGGUCGUUAGCGAAACAACAAGACUUCCCAAGCCCCUGCUCAUCAAAGUCUACGUUUCCAGCUUGAAGGAUGAAUUUAGAGAGGAACGUCGUAUGAUCCUGGAGAUGAUUGGUCCCGAAUUGCAGGCUCUCUACGAUGAUCGGCAAGUCGAGAUUGAGCUAAUCGACAUGCAUUUCGGUACGGGUCCCGAUGACAUUUCCAUGGUUGAACUGAACCCAUGCAUCAUGGACGACUAUCUUUAUGAAAUCGAGCGAUGCGACAAGGACUCGAAAAGUAUCUUUUUCAUCGCCUUGGUCGGAGAAUAUAUCGGCAAACCGGUCCUACCCUCCAGCAUCCCUGCCAACGUGUUCCAGGCAAUCUGCGAGAAAGGCGAUGCUGUAGAGCUAGAAUUACUGAGGAAAUGGUACAAACAGACAUCGGGAGAUGGCCACGAUGGCGACAGGGAAUUCACUCUGUGCAAUCUUUACAGCAAUGGCAGAAAUCAGUCAAGUGAGGACCGCUUGCGGGAUUAUAGAAAAAUUCUGGAAUUAAUUGAACGUAGUAGCGAGGAGCUGUUGAGAGUGCCGUCGAGUGAUCAAGGAUUUAUCGAAUGUUUGAAAGCAAUCCGGAGGACACAAAUUGAAAUGGAAAUCGAGAAAGCUCUAGAUCUUGCGCCGGAUCGAAUCAUAGCUGUUUUUCGGGAAUGGUCAAACCAUAUUAGUUCGCCAUCAGUAAGUUCUUCAUCGCGUGAAAGACUUCGACAGUUGAAAGACCGAUUGACGUUAUCCUUGCCAAGCGAAAACUACUCAACCUUAAUAGUGCCUGGAAAAUCAUCGAACCGUACUAUAGAUACAGACUCGGAGGACCAUGAAAUUUAUCUUAGCAAGUUCAAGAAUAAACUUCUCAAUAAAAUGAGCAAUUCAAUUGAACAAAGUUUGACCAACGAUCCGGAUGUCAUCAAAGGUCGGAAAAAGACUGUGCAGGAAAUAUUUCACGAACAUUCGACCCACUUGCGAUUUCUCAACGAGCAUCUUAAUUCGAAAAGUCUAAUUUCAUCCAGCAUCCCGGAACGCUUACGUAAUAGUAUCAUGCUACAUUUCAAGAACGGAAGUCGACAUGCUCCAUUCUUUAUUCAUGGUGGCCACGGGACAGGCAAGAGUACCCUCAUCGCUGAACUGUACUCGAAGGUGCCUGACUGGUUUGGAUAUAGCAAAGUGCAUCGGGUCAUCCGCUUCGCUUCCGCCACCCCACGUUCCGGAUACAACUUGGAACUUCUACGGGUCAUAUGCCAGCAGAUAUCAAUUAUUUUCAACAUUCCCGAAGGAUACUUGCCGAAAGACGCAUCGUUCGAUCCGCUCUACAUAAAUAAUUGGUUUCAGACUUUGCAGAAGCGUUGCGAGGACCUUAACAACGAAGUUCUCUUCCUUUUUAUUGAUGACCUGCACAAGUUGAAUCCUUUGGAUUGUGACAAUGUGGCCGCUUUGUCCUGGUUGCCAAUUAGCUUACCGUGGAAUGUCUUUAUUGUGUGCUCGACGACGAUACCGAUAGAUCAGCUCAAGCUAACUCCUAUCCAGAAGGAUCGAUUCAAAAGUGGAGAAUUCCUCUUCGAUUUAUCGCAGGACAUUAACAAGACGGAAUUAAAGAUGCUUGAUAACAACGUACCAUUCACGGAACUGGUUGAGCAGACCUUUAACGAAUUAGAGGAGAAAUAUGGACGAAAGGGAAUAGGGAGAUUCGCUUCCUACAUGACGUGCACGGAAUUUGGACUGACUGAAACGGAGCUUCUAGAAUUGUUAAUGCCAACUGAAAAUUACGACGCGAUGAUUGACACCAGCGAGGGAAAUUUCAAUUUUUCAACGUUUAGAAGAAUUCGAAAUGAAAUGAAAUUCCUGCUUCGCGAGAAGAUAAUGUCAGGGAAAAUCCUUAUUGAAUGGCGUCAUCGUAUCUGUGCGGAAAUCGCGAAAUCACGUUACAUGGAUACAAACAGCACGCGGAUGAUGCACACGGAAAUUGCAAAUAUCUUCUUCAACCAACUAUCGGAAGAGAGCGAUGAAACUAGCACGGAAGAGACUGUGAGUGAAGACAGCCAGAAAUUGAAAGACGAGAAGUCCUCGCCGAAAGCGCAAGAUGACACCAGCACGUUAUUCAAUCCACCGGGAGCAGAUGUAUCCUACAGCAUACGACACGUCGAGGAAUCCUGGCAUCACCUCAUGCGCUCAGACGAUACCGGGAAAUUCAAACAAAUUGCCGUUUGUAAUUUCGACUUUCUUCUGGCAUCGGUACAAACGGUAUCGAUUAGCUAUCUUCGGUGUCUAAUUGAGCACGUUCGCUGCUACAUUCUGGACCGAGAUAUCGAACUCAUCUACUACACGAUAAGGAAGUCAAGUGAUGUCCUCACACGCGAUCCCAUGCAAUUAGGAGCCCAGUUGAUUUCAUGGUUGCGUCCUAUCAACGAGCACGAUGAGAACGACAACUCCUUGCUGAGCAUCACUGUCCGUUCUGCAACUGCCUGGUGUGACGGUUACACUGUGCCUCUCCUCGUUCCCAUGACAGGAUGGCUUCCGGUGCCUCUUCCCUCGCAGAUACGAACAAUGACCGUCUCGGGAACGGGUCCAAUCCGGGAUAUUGCUCUGGCUCCGUCAAAGCAGCAUCUUGUUAUCGCAACGAAGGUGGGGGAUGCGCAGCUCUGGCACAUCAUGUCCAAUAGCCUUGUUCAUACGUUUAAAGGACACACAGCCCCCGUGACAAGUAUGGUGGUCCCGCCGGGCUCGAAUAUGCUGGUCACCGGGUCAGAGGACGCGUCCAUCAUCGUUUGGAACGUGAACAAUCGCUCGUUGAAAGCGCACAUCAGAGAACACAUCGCGCCCGUACUUUGCGUAACUUGUGCCAUGAAUAAUACAUUGGCGAUUAGCGGUGGAGAAGAUUCGCGGAUUAUUAUCAUGGAUCUGAAUAUGGGCAAAGUGCUGGGUAAGAUCGACCACCAUCGUGGACCAGUUACCUCCGUUCAAGUGAGUGCAUCAAGUGACGUCCUCGUAUCCGCAAGCCACGAUGCAACAAUUUGUUUAUGGUCUCUUGAAGAUUACUCACUUCUCAACUGCAUCCAAAUGCAUAGUCCCAUCUUCACUAUGCGCAUCUCAUGUGAUUCGGUGUUUCUAUUAGGCCACUGUGCGGAUAAUGGAUUGUACCUGCGAACACUCGCUACGGGAACGGAGCUCCAUGCCUUGAAGGGACAUAAAUCAAAGGUGCGAACAAUGGCAAUCGCUAUGGAUAGUCAACGUGCAAUUAUAGGCUGUGAUGAUACGCGUGCUCUUAUAUUCGAUAUGCACUCAGGACGUUUGGUGCGCUCCUUGCCGCCCAAUCCAGGACCCUGUACAGCGCUCUACGUACUAGAGAACGACGACUUUUUGAUUACCGUAGGAGGAAACAAAAUCACUUUCUAUUCAUUCCGUAACGAGGAAGUUUUCGUGAAUCCUUACUCGCAUCGCCGGCGGAAAAAGCACUCAAAACCAAUAUUGUCACAGAGAUCUACAAAUCCUGCCAAUAUACCGCCGGUGACAUGCUUUGAUAUAUCAAGGGACUCGCAGCUGGCGGCUGUGGCAUCGAGCAAAAGUGUUCACAUUAUGCAAAUUAACUCACCCGAGCUCCAAUGUACCCUGGAUGGCCAUACAGGAGCUGUAACCUGCGUCAAUUUCUCACCGAACUGUGAGUUUUUGACCUCGGGAUCCGAGGACAAAACCGUGGUCGUGUGGAAUCUAGGUCUAGCGUUAGCGUCUAUAACGUUUAAGGGUCAUAAUGCUGGGAUAAACUGUGUCGUUGUGCUAAUGGAUUCGAGACGAGUUAUAUCAUCCGAUAAGGAGGGCACAUUACAUGUGUGGCUUGCCGAUUCUGCAACACUUUUGCAGACAGUUCAAGGACCCAAUAAAUUUUUAGCUGCUACGAAUAACAUGAAAUUUGCGGUCUGCACCAAUGGCGACAACAGUCUGAAAAUCUGGUCAUUAACGCGAGAAGAUGAGAAGUACACGGUAUCGCACUCAGGCGAAAUAACCUGUUUCGCUAUAACCGCAGAUUCAUUAUACGUAAUUACCGGUUCGCGGGAUAUGUCCCUGAAGGUGUGGCAGGCGACCGGUGGGAAAUUGGCUCAAGUCCUGGUCGGACAUAUCGAUGCAGUUACAUGUGUCGCCGUCUCGGUAACGAAUAAAAGCCAGGUGAUAUCCGGCUCCAAGGACUGCAACCUCAUAGUGUGGGACAUCCAUACUGGCGAAGAGAUACAUACGCUGGCAGGACACUUGGCCCAGGUGACAUGUGUUAAGGUUUCCGCUGAUGGAACGACAGCUGUUUCAGGCAGUGAUGACAAGACUUUAAUCGUUUGGGAGAUAAAGCGGGGGCUGGCCCUCACUUCUCUGCAGAUACAUAUGCCAUUCAUACGUUUUGAUAUUAGCUUAGAAUGUUCACGAAUCUUAGUGCAAUUGGUGGACAGUUUUAAUCUGCCGGUGAUAUGUUUGCACAAUACUCCAGCAAGUUACGUGAAACUACCGACGUAUUCAGCUCCGGCACUUGAUGCUGAUGAUCUCCGUCCGGCUGGUCCGAAACGGCAAAUGAAGCGACUGUUAAAGAAGGAAGUAUCCCUGGACACCUACACUUGGCAGAAGAAAUAUGGACAUCUAACAUCAUCGGUAAUGAUGGCUCAAGUUGAUGAACGUUUGAAGCGGAGAUUCUCUGUAUCCGCGAGUAUGGAGGAAAUCUCAAAGAUUGCCGAGAUGAAAUCUUUGGCUUCCCAAACGAGCCUGGGUCCUGAACAGGCUGCUCUAGCGCAAUCCCAACAUUUCGAUCAACUAGAAGCGUUAUGGAAUAAACGGUCACCACCACGAAGAAGACAUAAUACGACUUUAUCGCGUCAAUCAUCCCUCGUUGAGGAUCGUAUCGAAUCAUCCGACGAGGACGAAUUCCAAGAGGAACGAACAGGUGUACUAUUCUAAAAUUCAACAAUAAGGAAAAGGAUUUCAAUUUGAGAUCUUAUUGGAUGAAACUAGCAUUUUGGGAGUCGAAAGGGUGACAAAUCGAUUUAUGUAAAAUGAAACUGACUUUAAUAAAGGAAGAUAGUUUUAAGUUCAAUAAAUUAGUGUGAUGUGUAAUUAUCCCUUGAAAACCGAACCCACCAUAUAUCGAAACCCUAACCCUCGAUCCUUCCUUGAACUACUUAAACAAAGUCUUCAAAUUUGGGAGUAUCUUCAAGUCCAUAACAUCAAUUAAAUUGGACACUUAAGUUCUCAUUCUAAUUAAAAUCUCCAUUUAAAUUCCAGACAAGAUAAAAGAUACAGUUUUGCCUAAAUUGAAUCGAUGAAACGUUGCUAAUUGUCCUUGGAACUUUGCAUUCAUGUCCGCAUUCCUGCCCAAAGCAUAACAAUAAAGUUGAUUACAUAAAUUGACAGAGAAACUUGGGAAAUUGUACUGAAAGGACAUUUUACUGAAUAAUCAAUUUUCCUACUUUUCCAUAAAGUAUAAUUUGAUUUGCUAUAAUGCAAUGUUUAUUGCUGUCGUAUAGCGUUCGUCCUUGCGUUAGAUGCUCCAAACAUAUCGCGAAAUAUUCAAUUUAUGGGGAAAAGUUAGAAAGCGAACGUUUUUUCAUCGUCAAGUGGUUUUGAUUACUCCAGCAGCUGAAAUUAUGGAAAAAUAAAAGAUUUAAGAUUAAUUAUUAGAAUUGUAAUGUAGUCUACAGUGGUGUGCAACUUGGCGACACUCCAAUGCACAUCUUAGAAGCAAAUAAUAUGAAAACCCUAAAUAAAAUCAAUAAAUCCAAUAGAAUAGCCAGCGAUACGUAGGCGCAUUAAUAAAAGUAGAAGACAUAGAAAAUAUGGCGAAUCCUUCUUGAAGAAAAAACCUGUUAGCUAUGACAAUCACGUAAGACAUACUACAUUCAUGCAUUUUUGCAAAAAAAAAAUGUCUGUUAACCAGGACUUUUCUAUUAUUAUAAAUAAAAUUGAUGAUGAUGGCUGUAGUGUGUGAAUUGGGUGUAUUGGAAUGUUUCCUUCUCGUCGAAAUGCAUAGAUAAGAUAAAAGAUAAUUGUAUUCGCAGUAGGACCGUAGGACUUAAAGACAUAGAAGAAAAGGAAUCAUUAAAGCAUUAAGAGAUUUGGUAGAUAUUUUAGUAAUCGAAACUGUUCUCAAGAUAACUAUUGUUGUUGUUACUUUCUUUCCACAAUUUUCUACCGAAAUUUUACAGAAUUUUAUGUAUGUUUAGCCUUUUCUAGGUUUAAAUCUUGAAACCUAAUUGUUAUUAUGAAGGUUUGUGUUCAAAUAAUGCAAUCUUUAAAUUUAUUGAUAAACACAAUUAUAUGUUGGAUAUUGUAAGAAAAAUGGCGUAGAUAUGUUUUGAUGUAUUAGUACUGAAAUUGAAUAAAAG